UCUGGCUGGAGACCCCGAGUCCGUGAGCGUGGCGGAGCAAGAGAGCUGCCAGCUGGAGCAGGAGCUUGAGGCCAGACGUCUGGAGCUGCAGAACCUCAGACAGGAAGUAGAUUAUCUGAGCAGUCAAAGACAUCUUCACACUCAGCUGCUUCCUGCACGCCUGAAGGACGUGGAAAUGAAGUUCAGCAGUGUGCAGAUGGCACUGACCCAACAGAGCUCAGAGCUGAAGGACACACGGAUGCUCACGGACUUCCUGGAGAAGCUGGAGCUCGAGGAAAGCCACUACAGCACUCUGGGACAGCCGCUGUGUGGAGAGCUCGACUCUGGCCCGUCUCUUCUGGGCUCGCCGGUGAAGACAUGACGAGCCCCUGAUGGAAGCCAUUGGGAACCCUGUGAAGGAGCUCAGAGAAGCAGUGGAGAUGCUCAAUGACACGGCGCGGGAGAGGGGCCGCUCGCAGUCACAUGACCAGAGCAUCCAGGAGCUGAUCACCAGGCAUGCCAUGGUGUCAGCGCACGUGGAGCAGUGUCUGCAGCGCUGUGCGGAGCUCGCCGUAGAUGUGCUGGAGAUUGAAAGUGAGAUGGCUGUGAGAUGUGAGCCGGAUCGCUGUGGUCUGGAUGACCUGCAGGAGUACCAGGACCAGCUGGAGGCUGAAUACAGGGUCUUGAAGGAGGAGGUUGAGGCCAUGGUGAGUCUGGCGAGCUGUUUGUCAGACGUGUGCCCGGAGAGGAUGAACGCUGUAGGGACUGAGAUUCAGACCAGCCUGAACGCCUGGGACGAGCUCGGCAAAAGUGUGGCUGAAAACAAGAAGAGACUCCUGCAGUUCGGACACCUGCGCCAUUUCUUUAGGAACUACCUGGCAAUGAUCUCUUGGACAGAAGACACCCGCUCCUGCAUUUUCUCAGAAAGCGCUCUGCGUCAAAGCCGAGAGAACCAGGAGCCUCUGGUUGAGGUUCUGGAUCGGCAGAUAGAGCAGAAGUUCGAGGAGUUUGAUCAGCUCGCCGUGGCUGGAAAAAAACUCUUUGACGACGAGCAUCACCUCAACAAAAUGAUCAGAGAGAGGGUGGAGGAGCUGAGGAGCAUGCUGGGAUGGAUCCUGGUCCACUGGAGGGCUCAGAAGGAUCAGCUGUUGAGCAGACAGAAGACUGAAGAAGCUCAAACAGAUGCUAUUUACUCCGAGGCCAUGGUCUGCAGCCCACAAACACAGUUGGAAACCUCACCCGAGGUCUCUCAGAAGAAAACAGAAAGCCUCAAAAGUGCUCCCCCUGGUGACACGGAGGAUGGUUUGCAGCACAGUUAUGGAUAUGAGGUGAUGCAAAGUGUCAGUCCUAAAGGAAGCGAUGAUAGCGGUCGUUUAGAGAGGCCGGAUUCACCGUACCUGGUGCUAAAGGAACCCAGCCCAUCAGCUUUAGGAGGCACCGUCAACCUCAUCCUCAGCUUCAGUAACUCUGGAGACACACAAAUCCAGGUACAGGCGCCUGGCAGGGAAGGUGGUGUGCCGGUGUCCGAACCUGUGCACAGGCCUGCUGAGUCUCACUCUUCUGCCUGUAAAAGCUUUUGGAAGCGCUGCCAGGGGCUUUUUGGUAGUUUAAAGCGAAAGACAAAGAUUUAUCAACACAGUGCAGAAGAGGACCAAUCCAUGAGCCUACUGUCUGUUCAUAUGGGAUUGGAUUGGACCAGUGACAAUGUUAUCCAGAGUGGAAGACAAGAACUGGAACUGCCAUCUAUGGAAGGUACACUGGAGAGGAAACAAAAACUACAACUCGGUGGAAAGAAGGCUUCAUGCAGGGCGUGGAACUCCUAUCAUGCUGUGCUAUACAAACAAACAAUAUGUUUCUAUCAGGACAGGAAAGAUACACUCAAGAGCUGUAUGACCAGCCUUCCUCUGAAUCUAAUCGGAGCGGUGUGUGAACCGUCGCCAGAGUACACCAAAAAACCCAACUGCUUCUGCUUGAGAUUGCGGGAUGGAUCUGAGUAUCUCCUCAGUGCAUCGUCCCGAUUCAUGAUGAAGAAAUGGAUCCUCAGAAUCCAAGCACACACUGCGUCUAGUGAUUCUGUAGUGAACAGAUCAACAUGUCAUGGGUCUUCAGCUUCAGCGGCGCUCCCUAGACAUUCUCCUGCUAUCACCGGCUGUCAGUGUGGAGAUAAAUGUCACUGCUCCAUGAGAAAUUAUGUCACCUCCACCGUUUUAGCACAGAGUCAGCCCACCUCAGGCCGAACCAAAGAGAUCAUAGUUCACACCAGUGACGCUCUGCAGAUCCACCAAAGGCAUCAGGAUCUGUUGCUCCCCUCGUUCUCAGAUGCGGGUCAUUGUGAGGAUGAGUUUGACUCUCAUGGCGAGUCUUUGAGACAGAAACCGUCCUCUGUGUCCACUGUUCAGGGCUGGACCAGCGAAAAGAGACGCUCACACUCCUUUACCUCAGCCACAUAUCAGAGGAUCAAGCCUGUAGCGCCUCCUUCAGGCAAAGGCCAGGACAGCAGCCAGCUACUCUGUGACUCUAUUCAUCGGAGAUCGUGAGAUGCCAUCAGUCUCUAAAAGCACAGCGACGGCCUCGUCAAACUGCGUCCGGCAGGAGUCCUUCUCCGAUCUGCCCAUGAGGAGCUACAUGAGCCUCCCGCGACCCCCCAACAAAUCCGUCUUCAGGAAGUUCUUUGGGAAAAAGGAGUGACGGACACUUUCUGUGACACUGCAGGUCAAAGACCCUGCCUGACAUGUGCAGGACACAAGUUCAAAACAUUUUUCUUACAUUUAUUUAUGGAUCUGAUGGAGAACCAUUCGUGUAUGCUUUUUUUUUUUUUACAUGAGAUUUUGUAUGAUUGUGUUGCUGCAAGAUGUCUAAUGUUCACUCCUAAAACUUCUCACUUCAUCAGCCGUUUUGAUAUCGGGCUCAUGGGCGGUUUAGUCAAAAAUGAAAAUCAUUUCAUCAUUUACUCACCCUCAUGUUGAGGUUCCAAACCCAUAUGACUCUUUCUUUAAUGAAACAUUAUGCAUUUAGCUGCACUUUUAUCCAAAGCAAAUUACAAAUAGGAACAAAAUACAUUUUAUCACUGAGCCAAUAUGCGUAAUUUGCAACACCAGCAGGUUUAUUAGACUAUUUAGAAGCAAGCUAAAGAAGACGAGAAAUGCAGAGAAGAAAAAAGCUGAAAUAUUUAAAGUCUUUCAAGCUCCAAAAAGACAAAAACACACCACAGAAGUAUUAUAACAGUAGUGCUUAUGACUCAUCCACUCUAUACCAGUUGCUCUGAAGUCAUAAAACCACUUUGUGUGAGAAACAGACCCAAAUUUAAGUCGUUACUCUCUACCUAAGCAUUUUAAUAUGAAUGUCAAAAAGUCAAACUUGACUGAGAACUGUUGGCCGAAAGUAAAUGCAUUAUAUCCUAGCUUUAUUAUAUUGGUAUAUUAAAUUAUGUAUUAAAUUAUAUAAUAUAAUAUAUUGGUCUAUUAAAUCCAACUAAAUUAUUUUUUUUUUAGUUUUUACCUUUGUCAUUUUCCCCUUUUUAUUCGGAUAGGACAGUAUUUAGACAGGAAGUGAAUUGGGAGAAAGAGAGGGGGCCGAGGCGGGAAAGCUCCGCAAGCUGGGACUCGAACUUGGGACGAACUUCGAAAUUGGCACAGACUAAAUCCAAAUAUAUUAUAAUGCAUCAAAAAAAAAAAAAUUACAUUUAAAUGUACUUUUUUUAAUUAAAAAAAAUGUAAUUAAAAUUAUUAAUAUUUUUUUUUUUUUUUUCAGGAAAAUUCACUUUUCAGUGCUAAAACAAAACAAUAAUUAAAAAAAAAAUGCUAAAACAAAAAUAUAAAUUAGAAAUAAAGAUCCUCUUGUGCUAUAUGGCAUGACGGGCCGAAUCAAAGGUCAUCUCUGCUCUCUGUAAAUCUUCCCUUGGUGCUUUUUUGUCAUUUUGGAGCACAGCUGACCCAGUCCCCUUUUGUUACAUAAAAUGUGCAUUCAGUUCUCCUGGAGGGUCACUUUGUUGCAUAAUUUAGCUCCAUCACACCUGCCUACUGUAGAUGUUUUUAACGACUUUAAUUAACUCGUUCAGGUGUGUUUAAUUAGGCUUGUACCAAAACACUGUAUGAAAGUGGCUCUCCAUGAAAGGAUUAGAUAGAAUAUAGUUCAAAAUGUAAAGAACACAAGAAAAUAGGAACAUCACGAGGGUGAGUAAUGAUCUGUUCACACUAAAAGUUAUUACUAUAUUAUAUUUCAUCAAAACUUUUUAGUUAUAGCUGUCAUCAUUGGUGUGAACUUUCAUUUAUUGAUGAACUCUUCCUUCAACCUCAACAUUUUCCCAUGCUGAGAUUUCAUUAUUUUCCAGAUUUUUUUCAUGUGUAUAAAUGAGUGCAGUUUGCUGUGGAUGUGAUGACAGCCAUAAAAUACUGCCGUACUGAAUCUACUGAUAUGAGACUGUUGAUAGCUGAUGUGUUCAGUGUUCCCACCACAUUCCACUUGAGGUGGUUUUCAGUUCAUGUAUGUUCUGUUUUUGGUGUGGAUUGCAAUUUCCCUGAGGUUUUGGCACAUAUUAUUUGUCAGCUUGUCAUGUUUUUCUGUGUCUGCUGGUUUGAGUUCUGUGUGGACUUAUAAGGUUCGUUCAACCAAAAAUGAAAGCUCUGUCAUUAUUUAUUUACUUGAGGGUGAGUAAAUGUUGACAGUAAUUUACAUUUUUGGCCAACUGUCCCUUUUACAUGUUGUGUGUUUUUUUUUUUUUUUUUUUCUCCAGACUAAACAUUUGAUUCACGUACUCUAGCUGUAGAUGUUUUACUGUCUAGGUCAUGCAUGAUCUUUUGAGAUUGGUGGCAUGAAUGUCUUUGACCAUUUUUACACAGUUUAAACGUUAUGCAUUAUUUUAGAUAUUUUACAGUGGGGAAAUAUGUUCAGAUUGUAAAAAAUGUAAAUUGAAAUUAAUACAAUAAUAAGCAUUGU